AUGGGUCGAUCCAAAUUUACGUUUCCUGUCCCCGGAAGGAAGCAAAAACCACCCUUUGGACCGAUUGUGUCGGGGCCAAUGUCGAAGGCGCAGAAAAUCCUGGGCACCGCCGAGAUCAACAUCGACGCCCCGCGACAAUGGGACGGCGCCUCAGUUUCUGGCAUCAGCGUUUCCGUGACCGAGAGUACCACGACGUAUAAUCCAACUGAAAGAGGUCGAACCCAGCGUGGUGAAGAGCACGUAGCCGCUGGGAAUAAUCGGAGAAACACACAAUGGGAGCAAGAAUCGGAUAUUGUCCCGGCAUACCUGACGAAUCGAUUUUCGCAAUUGAAUACGGACGCCGGCCCGAGAGACUUCACCGAGACAUCGAGUCUCACCCGCCGUGGUUCCAAUUCGACAAUUACUUCAUGGUACGACAAAUCGAAGAUGCCCCUGUCAAUAUCGCAACAAACAUCCUCAUCCGCCAUGGCGAAAGGGUUGCCACAAAAAGCAAAUGAGCUGCUUGAUAUUGAAGGUCAUGCGAAUCACGUCGCCCAAUCAGCGCCAACCCCAAAACCUAAGAAGAAACCGAGUAGACUGGAUUUUGGGCCUCUUUUGUCCAGGCACAAACAUAACAACACUCACGGAGAUAAUGGCAGCCCGGUGCUUGACGCAGGCUACGUCACCAGGUCGCCCUCGCUCGCUUCCCUCACGUCGCCCAAGUCGACACCGCCCCCUAUUCAGCAGCGGACGGAGAAGAAGCUAGCAAGGCGUAGCACAUACGAUCGCAUGGUCGACAACUUAUCUUCAGGCCGUCCUAGGACCGGCUCAAGCAGUCGAAGGGGAGCUAGCGAUAUCAGCCAUCUUCCCAAUUUAUACGAACAUUACGAGCAGAUGACAUUCGACCAGGUGCUGGGGCACGACGGUCCUCUGGCAAAAUCGGACCAAGCCUUGGCUAACUCUGUUCCCACACCACUGAGAUCGCCAUCCUCGACAGAUCCAAGGAGAAGCGUGCUAAGACCUGGGAUUCGCCCUCAUCAAGCAGCAGUAUCGAAAUCGCAGACUUCCCAUGCAGGGAUGUCGGAUGUACCGAAUCCGAUAGCCCAGCAAGCACCGUCCGCAGAUCGAGACUGUGCAUCUAGCGUCUCAAGCAGGCACACCAAGACUUCCCGGGCGUCUAAGCGGACAAGCCAUAGUAUAAGCGGAUCUGAUUUGAUGGAAAAGAGCGUGCUCUCUCUGUCAUCUGAUUCCGAAGAAGAUUUCUUUCCCGACACUGUCUCCAAAUCGACGAGCGAAUACCAGAACAGUGAUGCCGGUAGCCAGGCACCAUCAUCGCUGAGGUCGAGCCGGUCGCGCGAUGCCCCUUCGGUUGCUCAUAGCUCCAGGAAAUCCGUGAAGCAUGCCAGUUUUGCACCGACUAACACGUACCUUACGAUACCGAGCAAGUCUCCCCCAACUAAAGCGCCCACUCCAAACUCUCGGACGAGCUCACUUCCCUCUACACGAUACCAGCCACCUACUCAGUCGAACCGCUCAUCGAUGUACUCAAACAAGUCCACGUCCACAACGAAUUCUGGGAGCGACCGUCAAGCCCGGUCUGGGUAUAGCGUUCAGGACAUGCGUAAUGUUCCCCCAUUGCCUACGCAACCAUCUCGUCCGUCACCUGAGCGGGUAGUUGAGACGCCACAGCGCAUGCUAUCGACCAAGUCUUCGACCCAUUCGAUUGACCAGCCAACACCGCCUCUGAGUCCUACGUCGGUAGAGUCUUUCACUACAUCCACGGAAUCCAUCGAGAUCCAUGCCGAAUCCGACUCGCGCUUCAUGGCUGUCACUCGGCAGGAGGAGAUGUUGCUUGCAGCCCUUCGCAUGAAGCGGGCUCGUAUGCGUGAGUCUGUUCUCGCAGAAUGUGAAGAGGAGGUUCACUACGGUACAUCCCAUCAUCAGCGGAAUUCGUCGCAAGCCACCAUUAAAGAGAUGGAGUGGCCUGAGCCGCCUCAGACACUCCGUCAUCAAACAUCGGCAACGUCUAGCAGCACCGUCAGAGCGGGCUCACGUUCGUCAGAAAGCCGUCCAGCAUCGUUGGCGAAAGGGCCGAAGCAUACUCGGAGUAACUCUCGUCGCCUAGAUAUCCCAGCUUCCUCACGAUCAGAAUCCAAAACGUCGUCAAGAACGAGCAGUGUGAGGAGAGAAAUGCCUGCCCAAGAGGCGCCAUCGAUGGAGCCCAAACAUGAGCGGAUAUUGCUCUACUUGGAUCGCCCUGUGAAUAACGUCAGUUCAAUGGACUUUGCCGAACCAAGCCCCGAUCUGAGCGACUUUAUGGACUUUGACAAUGGCAGCGACGAGGAAGAUGAGCUCUCAAGCGAUCCGUCGUUUUACAGGCCUCAGCUUCGAGGAUUCGCUAUGCCCAGCAAGGGUAGGGGACGUAUGCUUAGAGGGAGCGAGAGAGGACGCCAUGACUCUUCGCCUUUGAGGCCUCGCACCAAGACUGAACUUGCAGAGCAAAUUCAUGUCGUAGAGUCAGAGAGUGUAAUCGACCCAAUGGAGGGGAUCCCGCGACCGGAUUCCCCCGUCUCGCCCGUGGGAACACUACCGCUGCCACCCACCCAUGGUCUGUCGAAGAAGAAGGCAGUCAGAUUGAGUGCAGUCGGCAAUUCCGGAGUCGGAUCUUCGUGGUGGGGACACGACGGUUGA